GGGUGUUUUCGUUAUAGAGUGUAAAGGAAAUAGGGGUCCUCCUUGGGCCUAGAAGUAAAGAUCAAGUGUCGCUCACUUGGCUUCCCUUUUAUUGUCUGAUGAUAAGUCGUGACUUUAACACACACAGAAAGACACACACAGACACACACACUCGUGGAAACUCACGGGUUUUCCUCUAUCACUAUUGAGUGGCGGCAAUUAGAGUCCUAUUCCCUCGAGCAUCACAAAUCCGUUUAACGUUUAUUGUUAAGAAAAACUAAAAAAAAAAGAGCAGUUAGAAAAUUAUUAAUCCUUAUCCCAACCCCUCUCCCUCUACUUACAGUUUUUAACCCUUUUUUGAUCACUGCUUUUAGCCAUAACCAAGUUGGUCAUAACUCAUCAUCGACAUUUGAGCGGAGAGCAGAGACUUGCCUUAGUGAUUGAUGAACUGCCAAAAUGCCAAACUGCCAGGCACAGUCACAGCUCAAAUAUGCAGAAUCCAAAACCCCAAAUCAGGGGAACCCUUGCUGAGAACGUCUCCAAGCCAAAACCAAACUAUUUGGCCAAAGACUUUUGUACUUUUGGAAAUUUCAAGUCCACAUAAACAAACCAAAAUCCCUGAACCCCUUACCAUUGGACAAACGAAACAAGUAAAGAUGCAAAAUUCAGCAGUCAUUAGCAGGAUGAAUGCGGGUCUGAGUCGCUGUUUGAGCCAUCACCGGAAACUGUGCCGCGGCAUUGCCGAACUGGAUUGCCUUAUUUACAACGAUGAGUUCCUUAAGGAUCCCAGGACGCAAUGGUUACUCCAUCAACGAAGGCAAAGGGCAGAGGAGAAGGCCAAAGAAGAGGCCAAGGUCAGCUCCUUGGGGCGUAUGGGUAGUGAGAUGGGCCGCCUUCUGGGUCAAUCGCCGGUGGGAAAGAGUAAUCUCACCGUGAAUCGUGCGUUUUGUCAACUUCUACAAUCUACUCCUUCUGGCCUUCAUCCUACCAAGUUAAGAAACCUCACAGGACCUCUGCCCGCUCGCACACCCGAGCCAUCACCCGAAAGACGUCCCAGUUUCAAGUUUAGUGUUAGCCCGCCUAGUCCCGACAGGAAGUCAACCUCCAGAAGUAGUUUCUAGUUUCUAUAAGUUAGUCCUAAGAGAUUUCUUAAGAGAUCUUCUAGAGAUCUUCUAGAGAUCUUCCUCCAAAUCUAUCACGGAUCUAUCAAAUAUCAUAUAGAUCUCUGACAGAUUGGCGGCAUUUCUCUAUAGAAUCUCUUUGAAAAUCUUUAAGCUGUGAUCUCCCAAGGCGAGACUCGAAGUUAAAUCCCACACAUCAUGGGAUGCAAACUGCUGUAUAGGAAUGUGGCUGGCUGUAGCAGAAGGUGGAGUAGAAGAAAGAAGAGAAGGUGGAGAAGGAGGAAGGUGUUGGUGCAGAUCUGUACCAGCAACAGCUUCAACCUCCGUUCGGUAUCCGUGCUGCUCUCGUUAUUGUUAUGAAUAAGUUAAUAACAUGGCGGAAGGCUUCUUUUGUCGUGGCCCAAACAAGCAACAACCUGGCAGGCAGCGCUUAUUAAAUGAUUGAAGCCUUUGGUGGUGGGGCAAUGAUGGUGGGACUGAGACUGAGACUGAGACUGAGACAGAGACUGAGACUUGGACUGGGACAUGGACUUGGCCAGAGAGUUGGACUCAAGCUGGGGGCCCCCAUAAAAAAGGUGGAAACCUGGUUCUCUGUUUUUGUUGUUGUUGUUGUUUUUUGCCUGCCUGGUCUUUUGUGGUUUUUUCCCUUUUUUUUGCCGUCCACCAGCGACCACCAUCAAUAACAGAGCCCGGCGACGGGCCCGGGCCAUAUUUAUGAUUUGUUAAGCAACGCCGAACGUGCGAAAGGAUAAUCACAAGCGCCUGCUGGCACGCCCCCCUUGCCUUCUGCCUCCUUCCUCUUUUUGUGUUUUUUUUUCCUUUUUUUUUUUUUUCUUCCAAGGGGUCGUCUUUUUUUUUUUUCGUCGUGUGUGAGGCAUUUCCAAAAUUGAGUCAAUGACUUUUAUUUUUACGACUCGCCCUGGAGAGUGGAGAGUGGAGAGUAGUCAGUCAGUCAGUCAGUCAGUCAGUCAUCUCCAUGCUGGACCUGACAGAACCUUUUGGCCUAAAACUAACCCCAUUCCCUGGCUUUUAUGGCACUGCGAAUUGAGCUAUUAGAAUGAGGAGAGUGACCC